CCUAGUAGCCGUAGGGAAACACAAACGUUGCCUUAGCAACGAGCUAGGGCACGCCAGGAGUUAUGGUUAUCGACAGGUUUAAUUUCGACAUUAAUUAAAGAAAACUGAACUAAAAUACACGAUGGAAAAAACAAGCAAUUCUUCUGUGUUUCUUCUUACGGUGAACGGACAAAUAGAGGGAGCGAACUUUCCAGACUAUGACAAUUUAUACUGUAAAUAUUGUUACGUCUACGGCCAUGACUGGGCUCCCACCACAGGUUUGGAGGAAGGCAUCACUCAGAUCACCUCUAAAAGCUCCCAGUCUCACAAGUUAAUAUGGAACUUCCCUUUGGAGACAACAUUCAAGAGUACAAAUCCUUCUGGAUGGCCUCAACUUGUGGUGAGCGUGUACGGACCGGACGUUUUUGGCAACGAUGUGGUCAGGGGUUAUGGAGCAACGCACAUUCCAUUCACACCUGGACAACACAUAAGAACCAUCCCGAUGUUUGUUCCCGAGCCCACAUGGAGACUUCAGAAGUUCACAGGCUGGUUGCUAGGACGACGACCCGAGUACACCGACCCCAAAGUGGUGGCACAUGGGGAAGGCCGAGAAGUGACGAGGGUUCGAUCUCAGGGCUUCGUCACCGUCUCCUUCCACAUAAUGACCAAAGACAUGAAGAGGAUGGGCUACGACACUGGACCGACGAACUCGUCAACCGUCCAAUUCGCCACUUCCAGUCAGUCAAGAGAUGCGCAAUGAUACGUGAAGUAACAUGAAAGCUAACUGGAGUCGCUACAUAUCAGUUGUCAUCGUGACUGAACGCCAGUUCAGAUUGGACUGCAAACACUGGAAACUCGGGGAGUCCAGAGCAGUGCAUUGUGAUUGCUUCUCAAAGUUGCCUACAGAGUGAUACCUGUGGAGUGGAGGGGCUCGGUAAAAGCCUCCUCAGACUCUGCUGAUUUCGCAUUCCAUGCCGCAGAAGGCCGUGAUGGUAAGGGAGAGCUCCGUUGCUACGUUGGGUCUACACAAAAUGUGAAUAUUGGUUAUAAGACUUCAAAGCCCGACGCAGAACGUUUGUAUUUUCAGCUUAACAUGUAGUUUUACUUCUCCAGACAUGGACAGGUUUGCUUGCAACCCAUGGCGUCRUCGUGUGGAAAGGAUUCAGAUAAAUUUGACAACUGAAAAUGUUAAGUCCAUUUAUUCACUGGAUAUUCUAAAUGCCUUGUUAUCACAAUUAGGAAAGUUUAAAAUUUUGUCAUCUAUAAAAAAWUUUUUUAAAAAAGUGUUAAAUACUUCCAGAUUUUUGAUACUAGUUGUCAGAUUUAAAACACUGGCUGACGAAUUUGAGCCAUUAGAUCUGUUAUUUACUAAUAACUCCCUUGUCAUAGAGCAGAGUGUGUUUAAUUAGAUUUGGCUUAACAUUGGACACAUUUCCUAGAAUGUGCAACUAUGUAAUGGUUUGAAAUAGUCAUGGUGUAAAAGUAUCUUCUGGUAUCAAGUAAGUUAAAUGAAUGUCUUACUUCCCUUAAUUGACUGAGGUUUUACAUUUAACAUAUAAAAGGUCCUAAACUGAUGUGAAAACGUUUGACAUUUAACAAAAACYUUUAAGAAACAUUUUAUAAAACAAUUUGGGAGCAUUUAUGCACCCUCCUUUGUCAAUAGGACGAUACUUUAUCAUCUUGCUGGAUGAUGCAAACCCCACACAAAGUUUUCUGGCAGAGGCCACCGGAUUUUCAUGAAAGAUAUCCAGUGAUUUCAAACAGUUUGUGAUGCAAUGAACAAGCCCACAAUAUCACAAAUCACCAUACUUAACAAGGGGCUUUUCAGCAAAGCCAUUCUCUGUUUUACUCAUCAGUGGUGCAAUAAAUGAGUCCUUAAUAAUAUGUGUCAUAUCUAUACUCCAAACCUCUAAGGAGAUCUUAGAGGUUUGGAGAAACUGAUCAGUACAAAUUCAGAAAUUAAUUUUAGCUGAAGUUUUAGUAAUACCUGCAGUUUUGUCAGUCAUUUCUCAAGAUGAUCCUAUUGUGAAUUUAUUGUCAAGCUUUGUAUCCGAGGUGCCAACAGUUUUUGCCUCAACUCUCACUUUACACUCCUACAGCUGACUGGUGUUAAAACCAAGCAACGCAGUCCAGAAACACAAACGGCUUGAUGCUUGGUACUUCUAGAUAUUUCCUGUAUUGUAUAGUUGCACCUUUUUUAAGCAUUUUCUUAAUAAAUUCUAAUCCAAC